AUGGCUUUCAACCUCUGGGCACAUCAGUUCUGCCUCGCCUGUGACAAACAAGUCCAGGUUGAUGGUGCAGCUUACUGCUCUGAAUCUUGCAGACUGGCUGAUCAGGAGAAGACUUCGACACCCAGCUCGCAAGCAAGCUCACCAGGCUUUGCUCCUGCAGGCUAUCCUUGGUCGUCGCCUUCACCCUCUCUGCCACCUCGAUCGUCCUCUUCGCGGCCAAAGUUUUAUCUUUCUCCGGCGUACGACUUUAGCAACGCCCAGCCGUACGGCACUGCCUCUGGCCGAAGCCUCUCCCUGAGCAGCAACUACACCGCUUCUGCAACCGAUCAGUCAACACCUACAAUUGCUCGAAACCUUACGCCGUCGAGUUCACACAGCAGCCUCUGCUCCAUGCAGAGCACGUCGACAACUGGCGAGUCCAAUCACCUGUCAGACAAUGCGAAGCAAGAGCUGAAAGCGUACGCCAUCUCGUUUGAGCACGUCAGACUGCAACGACGAAGGUCGUACUGA